CUCUCUUAACUUCUGCUGAAACAAUAUCUGAAUGAUACAUACCUUUGGAGAGAGUCACACCCAUUUCACGCAGAAUCAGCUACAGUAAAGGAUCCUCCUGCUUCACUGUUGCCAUGGGAAACAAAGUGAAAACACCAGAAGGAAACAGAAGACAGGAAAAUGGAAAGAGGGAAGCGGAGAAUGGUGAAAGAAGAUGCUGUUCCGAAAUCUGCACCGAAAUCCCAAAGCUGUUGAGAGCAUCAUGUCUAGGUACACCGUGGUCAAUUCCUGUGACAGCUGGAGAAUCGGAGCACAGUGGGCAGACAGUAAGAAGGAGCAGACGCAGUGCGUCCGUGCAGUUGCUGCCCUAGACUGGAGUGCCAGGUCCCUGGCAGGACUACAGCCCAGAACCACAGUGCUGUGUGUGACAGACUACACCUAAACACUCAGAUGGGGAGAUAACUUCUGACGGAUGUGAUCACACAUGCCUGUGUGUCUCCGAUUUGCCAACGGCAGCUGAGAAGGCAUCAAUUCCUUGCAUGGAGUUCGUGCACAGUCUAUGUUUGUACCCAGAGGCAAGGCAGGUUAAUAAGGCUAAGAAGGAGGGGAGGACGUGGGAGUGGGUAAUAACUGGGGAGGACUUCAGAGCAUCAACCUGGGGGGAAAAGGAGGAGGGCCAAGGACUGAGGGUGUUCCCUGUCGCUUCUGCCUAUGUGUCAAAUGGCAGGAGAAAUUUUGAAAGCUGUGAGGAGGAGCUAAGUGGCUGAGUUUUGGGGUGUCUUGAACCCCGCCCUCCCCACUUGUAGGAAAACCUCUUGCCAUUCAGAGGUAACUGAAUUGCAAGGGCGAAGACUGACUCAGGAAUAGGAGCAAAGCAAUUCUGCUGCUCCUCCUCCUGUCAUUUUUACCACUUGCCUCCUGACUCUUCUCCAAACCAAGCUCAUCUGCAGAAUUCCCUGCACAAGUGCCAGCCAUUGGGAGUCUGCGGAAGCCGCCCUGUGCAUCUCAAGCUGCUGUUAUCCAGCCACCAUCCCUGACCAUUGGGACCGCUUCUGAUGGCUGUGGCCUCCGCUGCCCCAGGGAGCAUCUUCUAUAAGCAGCUCCUCUUCUGUCUCCUGGUUUUACUAUUGUUUUGCGAUGCUUGCCAGAAAAUUUCUCUCCAAGUUCCUUCUCAUCUUCAGGCUGAAGCACUUGUAGGCAAAGUGAAUCUGAAGAAGUGUCUCCAGUCAGCCAGCCUAAUCCAGUCAAGUGAUCCUGACUUCAGAAUUCUAGAAGAUGGCUCAGUUUACACAACACGUGACCUCACUUUGUCUUCUGCAAAGAAGAGUUUUUCCAUUCUGCUUUCAGAUGCUCAGAGACAGGAACAGAAAAAGAUAGACAUUGUACUGGAAGCAAGAGGAAAGAAGAUUCCUAAGAGACAUCCCAAAGACGCAGUCCUCAGGCGAAGCAAGAGGCGAUGGGCCCCUAUUCCGUGUUCGCUGAUGGAGAACUCACUAGGUCCAUUUCCACAACAUGUUCAGCAGGUUCAGUCUGAUGCCGCACAGAACUACACCAUCUUUUACUCCAUAAGUGGACCAGGAGUUGACAAAGAGCCCUUCAAUUUGUUCUUCAUAGACAAAGACACAGGGGAUAUCUUUUGUACAAGAAGCAUAGAUCGUGAGCAGUAUGCAGAGUUUCCGCUCUAUGCCUACGCGACGACCAUAGACGGUUAUGCACCCGAGUACCCACUGCCCUUGCUGUUCAAAGUCGAAGAUGAUAAUGACAAUGCCCCGUACUUUGAAAGCAAAUUGACUAUGUUUAGUGUGCCCGAGAACUGCCGAACCGGAACUUCAGUGGGAAAAGUGACGGCCAUCGACCACGAUGAACCUGACACUCUGCAUACUCGUCUGAGAUAUAAAAUCUUACAGCAAAUCCCAGAUCACCCAAAGCAUUUCUCCGUCCAUCCAGAUACAGGUGUCAUCACCACAGCUACGCCUUUGCUGGAUAGAGAAAAAUGUGAUACGUACAAGUUGAUAAUGGAAGUGCGAGACAUGGGAGGCCAACCUUUUGGGUUAUUUAAUACAGGAACAAUUACUAUUUCGCUUGAGGAUGAAAAUGACAAUCCACCAUAUUUUACAGAAUCUUCUUAUUUUACAGAAGUAGAAGAAAACAGAAUUGACGUUGAGAUUUUACGAAUGGCAGUACGUGACCAGGAUUUGCCAAACACGCCUCACUCAAAGGCUGUAUACAAGAUCCUACAGGGAAAUGAAAAUGGAAACUUCAGAAUUAGCACAGAUCCAAACACAAAUGAAGCAGUCUUGUGUGUUGUUAAGCCCCUGAACUAUGAAGCCAGUGACCAAGUUGUUUUGCAAGUUGGUGUUCUUAACGAAGCACAAUUCUCUAGAGCGCCAAACUCACAAGCUCCUACUAUGUGCACUGCAACUGUCACUGUUAAAGUUAAAGACACUGAUGAGGGCCCUGAAUGCCAACCGCCAGUAAAAGUUAUUCAGAGUAAAGACGGCCUCCCAGAGGGCAAAGAGCUCCUUGGAUACAAAGCAUUAGAUCCGGAAAAGCGCAGUAGUGAGGGCUUAAGGUAUAAGAAGAUAAAAGAUGAAGGUAACUGGUUUGAAAUUAACGAACACACUGGUGACUUGAAAACUGUAAAAACUCUAGACAGAGAAUCAAAAUUUGUAAAAAACAACCAAUACAAUGUUUCCGUGAUGGCAAUGGAUGCAGUUGGCAGAUCUUGCACUGGAACAUUAGUCGUUCUUCUGGAAGAUGAUAAUGAUCACCCACCGCAAAUUGACAAAGAAGUGACAAUUUGUCGGCAUGGUAAGGAUUUUGCCGUUCUCGAACCUGUAGAUGCAGACGGACCUGAGAAUGGGCCACCUUUUCAAUUCGUCCUGGUUAAUUCUGCCAGCAAACUUUGGACGUUAGAGACAAAAGACGGUAAAACUGCCAUUCUUCGUGAACGGCAAAAUCUUGAUUAUGACUAUUACUCUGUGCCUAUCCAAAUAAAAGACAGACAUGGUCUUGCUGCCACAUACACGUUAUCAGUGAGAGUAUGUGACUGUACUACUCCCACUGAUUGUAGAAUGACUACUAAACUUCCAAGAGAUAUCACGCCAUCAAAUGUAAUACUUGGAAGAUGGGCUAUUCUUGCCAUGGUGCUGGGUUCUGCAUUGUUGUUAUGUGUUCUGUUUACGUGUUUCUGUGUUACUGCUAAGAAAGCAGUAAAGAAAUGUUUUCCCGAAGAUGUAGCCCAGCAAAACUUAAUUGUAUCAAACACUGAAGGACCCGGAGAGGAAGUGAUGGAAGCAAAUAUUAAACUCCCCACACAGACGUCCAACAUUUGUGACACAAACAUAUCUGUUGGCACACUUGGUGGCCAGGGUGUCAAAACACAGCAAAGUUUUGAGAUGGUCAAAGGCGGCUACACUUUGGAUUCCAGCAAAGGAGGUGGACAUCAGACCAUGGAAUCAGUCAAGGGCGUAGGACAGGGAGGAAUGGACACCGGCAGAUACACAUACACUGAAUGGCACAGCUUCACCCAACCUCGGCUUGGCGAAAAGGUGUACCUGUGUGGCCAGAACGAGGAGCAUAAGCAUUCUGAAGACUACGUUCGCUCUUAUAACUAUGAAGGGAAAGGCUCUGUGGCCGGCUCGGUGGGCUGCUGCAGCGAUCGGCAGGAAGACGAGGGGCUUGAGUUUCUGGAUCAUCUGGAACCCAAAUUUAGGACGCUAGCAAAGACAUGUAUAAACAAAUAAGUGUGCCUUUUAA